AUGGCGGACCUCAACCUCCAAGAAAUCCACGACACCCUCCUCGAGAUCGCGACCGAGGCGGGCAAGAUGAUCAUGUCCGCGAACCCGGCCUCAAUCGACCAGGACACCAAGCUCAACUCCGUCGACAUCGUAACCGAAACAGACCAAGCCGUCGAGAAAAUGGUCUCCACCCGCCUCUCCCAACGCUACCCCACCAUCGCCUUCAUGGGCGAAGAAACCUACACAAAAGGAACCCGCCUCGGCCCCGAACCUACCUUCGUCGUCGACCCCAUCGACGGCACCACAAACUUUGUCCACUCCUUUCCCGACGCCUGCAUCUCGUUAGGUCUAGCCGUGGACCACGUCCCCGUCGUGGGCGUCAUCUACAACCCCUUCCAGGACCUCCUGUUCACGGGCAUCAAGGGUAAGGGGAGCUACAUGCGCCGCGCCGGUGGUCCGGCACAGAAACUGCCCCUCGCCAAGAACCCUAUCCCCCUGAAAGGCCUGGACUCGGCGCUGCUGGCGUGCGAGUGGGGGUCUACCCGCGACGGACCCAACUUCGACCUGAAGGCCGAGACGUUCAAGAAGUUGGCGGCGACGAAGGAGACGGGCGGCGCGAUGGUGCAUAGCAUGCGCGCCCUCGGCUCCGCGGCGCUGAAUCUUGCUGCCGUGGCGGCGGGACAGCUGGAUGCGUAUUGGGAGGGCGGGUGCUGGGCGUGGGACGUGUGUGCGGGUUGGUGUAUCCUGACCGAGGCGGGAGGCAUCAUGGCGGGCGGGAACCCGGGGGUGUGGGAGCCUGCUGUUGACGAGAGGGUGUAUCUUGCCGUGAGGGGAGCUCCGGGCGGGCAGAAGGAGCUUGUGGAGGAGUUUUGGGGGGUGAUGGGGGAUAAGAAGUUGGAUUACUCUGUUUGA